GGUACUUGAUUGUAAUUUGCUCGCUCGUCUCGGUGAGUUCGACGAUUUAUUAGUCAAGAGUUCAGUGUUCACGCGUGGUCAACUGUGUGUCACUGUCAGACUCUGACUUUGUCAAGCUGCUGGGAAGGAGAAGGGAGCAUUUCCCAGUGUUAUAUUGGAUGUGCUAGUACACAAUCGCAAGGCCAGGAAGAAAUACGAUGGAAACGCCGUGCAUCAUGUCACCAGCAUUACGAUGAAUCAAUGAGACUCACGCUGCACGCACAUACGGAGAGAUGGAGAGAUGGAGAGAUCGGAUAGAGUAGGAUGUUGCGAGACCCAAUGCAGAGAACAAAACAAGAAGAGCUUCGUAAAGGAAUUAUGGAUUUAUGGAGAGCCUGACAACGUUUAUAUGCACUUAGGUCAAGUGAAGUUAGCUGUCGACAUUUUGGAUGAUAUUUUUCAGUUCUUCCUUACUUGUUCUUCGUAUGCGGGCGUCACUGAGGGAGGACCUAGUCAAAUUGAUUAUUUUAGUCGUUUUACCAAAUCAACAUUGCAUCUUGCAAGAACGUAUUUAUUGAUAAUAGCCUCUUCAAGAUCUACCAAUACAAAUCACACCACAAUCCUACUCGGCUUAUAACUUGCAAGACGAUCCUAUUCAUUCUGAGGCUAUCUUGAACAUCAUGGCCAUUUCACACUUAAAACUGCUGUCCGUCAUCUAACAUACCUAGCAUUUCCAGCAGAUUUAAAUCCUUGACCCCUUCUCCUGCUUUCGAUUCUCCUCUCUUUUCUAUGGGAUCCUAUACAUAAUUGUACGAAAAUGUGUUUGUGUACGAGUACCCCUGAACUAAAAAUCUCAAAUCUGCCCAAAAAGGUUUCAAUACAACAAUACACUUUUUCAACGGUAGGUCAAGAAACUUAGAAACACAGAACUUGCAAAAGAGGACCCACGUCGUCAUGAUGUAAUUACGCACGGGAUCA